AUGGCGCCGAAGAAGAAAACAAAACAGCAUCCCAUCACCGUCGUCCACAAUUUCGGCGGCCGGCGCUGCACGGGCGAGCCGCCGUCGGUGGCGACCUGGGGCACCUGGGACUGCGACCCGUCGAAGACCGGCGCGCCGUCGCAGCAUCACGCCUACGGCAAGAGCUUCCCCUGGACCUUCGACAUGGAGGAGAAGUUCUACGUCCUCGAGGGCAGCGCGACGCUCACGCCCGACGACGCCGAGAAGCACGGCGCGCCGGUGACGGUCGCGGCGCGCGACAUGGUCACGGCGCCCAAGGGCUGGAAGGGCACCUGGGACGUCCACUCGCUCCUCAAGAAGCGGUACGCGUUCUUCGACGCCAAGGGCCUUCGCGUCGACGAGGACGAGGACGAGGACGACGAGGCGCCGAAGCGCGCGCGCGACUCCGACGACUCCGACGACGAGCGCCGCGUGCGGACGAAGGCGGCGAUCUGGGGCUGCCCGAAGACGACGACCAUGGCGGCGCGCACGAAGGUGGACCUCUCCGACGAUCCCAUGGCGUCCCUCUUCGAGGACGACUUCGUGCCCGCGUCGAAGACGGCCCCGGCGCCCGUCGCCCAAGCGGCCGAGGAGCCCGAGCUGCGGGCGCUCGACUUUAGCAAGGUCGCCAUCAAGGGCGCCGCCGCCCCGCCGAAGCCGGCGCCGACGGCGGCGGCGCCGCCGAGCGACCGCGUCGUGCGCGAGGACCUGCACGGCGACGACGUGCGCAUGGGCCUCGGCGUCGACUUCUCGUCGCUCGCGCCGGCCGUCGGCGCGUCGUCGGCGGCGCUCGCGGACGGCGCCGCGACGGCGGGCGCGGGGGGCCUCUUCGGCGGCGCGGCCGCGGCGCCGGCGCCCGACGCCGACGCGGACCUCUUCGGCGAGGCGAGGGCGCCGCGGGGCGUCGUGCUCCGGUCGCGGAGCGACGACGCGGUGAUCGACGACCUUUUGGUGGGCAAGAUCCUCGAGAAGGAGGACUUCAGCGGCCUCGCGGCGGACGACUCGCUCUUCGGCGCGUCCGACGUGAAGCGGGCGGGGGCGCCGCCGCCGCCGGCCGCGCGGCCGGACCUCGACCUCGGCGUCCUCGACAAGCUCGACGACCUCGGCGACCUCGACGCCGCGCCGGCCGCGCCGGCGCGCGCGGCCGCGCCCGCGCCCGCGGCGCCCGCGGCGCCGCCGCCGCCCGCCGUCGACGACAACUUCGACUUCUCGGCCUACAUCGACCAGGCCCAGGGCAAGUCCGGCGGCGGGCUCUUCGACUAG